CAACAUCAAAAUAGAACAAAACAAAACAGAAAAUCAAGAAAAUAACAUUUUAAGGACCUAUACACAGAUUUCAGGGUUCACUCCACAGGAAAUGACGUCGCUCCUGGCUCGCCUCCACCUCUUGUCCAUCACAGCUCCAGGACUUCAGCUUCAUUUAACACGGUGGCCCUUUAAACACUGCUGAAAAAAAAUCAGACCGCAAAAAACAGUCUGUUUUUCAGACUUCCAGUUUAAACAAUGGCCCAGCUGCAGGCCUGUUUUCAGCCUGACAACAGCUGCCAUCGUCUCGGACAGUGAGCGGCUGCGGGCUCGCACCUAGCUAACGUUACGCAGCUGUCUGUAACCAAAGCUAAUCGGCUAUCUGUGGUUAGCUGCAGCGGCUCGCCUGUGCCAUAUGAUAUUGACGCACAUUGCACCGGGACAGACCUCUGCAGACGCGACUGGAUCGGCUAAACGACUCGUUUACCGUUGAAAUGGACAAAGACGAAGCAGACCGGCUGAUAGAGAAGGCGAAGCUGUGUUUGCGGUCGGGACGAAAAGAUCGGGCGCUUCAGCUGCUGUACGAAGCCCAGAAUAUUUACCCCAGCACCAGGGCCAGAGUGCUGAUAGAUGCCAUAGUAAGGAAUGGAGGCACCGCUACCCCAGAAGCAAACCACGUACCCCCGCCAACAGGCUGGAGAGACGAGGACGUUAGAGACAAUGAUGUGAGCAGUGAUGAAAAGAAGAGCUACACCGAGGAGCAACGCCAGGGUGUUCUCAGGAUAAAGAAUUCCAAGGACUUUUAUGAAAUCCUCGGUGUUCCUAAAAAUGCCAGUGACGAAGAUUUGAAGAAGGCGUACAGGAAGUUGGCCCUCAAGUUUCACCCUGAUAAGAACUUUGCUCCAGGAGCUACAGACGCUUUCAAAGCAAUAGGCAAUGCAUACGCGGUGCUGAGCAAUCCAGAGAAGAGGCAGCAGUAUGAUCAAUAUGGAGAUCAGUCUGCGACUUCGAACGCACCCCAACAGUCCAGCCACAGUCGCCAUGGACACUACCGAAGAUUCCACAGAGACUUCGAGGCCGACAUUUCCCCUGAGGAACUCUUUAACAUUUUCUUUGGAGGAAGGUUUCCCACAGGAAAUAUCCACGUGUACACCAACCAGGGAGCCUCCUACUCUCAGUUCUAUCAGCCUCGUCGUCGACGUGCUUAUGAGAGGCGCGAGGAGGUGGUGGAAGACAACCAGAGUCAGAACACCUUCACAGCGCUCCUGCAGCUUCUCCCUGUGCUCGUGCUAAUCCUCAUAUCAGUGUUUACUCAGAUGAUGGCCACUACCCCGCCCUACAGUCUCUUCUAUAAGCCGGCCAUGGGGCUGGUGGUGUCCAGGGAAACGCAGCACAUGGGCGUACCGUACUACGUGGAUAAAAGUUUUGAGAAGGAGUACCGCGGAGCUGCGCUGGAGGAGCUAGAGAAAACAAUCGAGAGCGACUAUAUUGAACACCUGCAGAGCAGCUGCUGGAAAGAGAAACAGCAGAAAUCAGACUUGGCAAACCUCGGACAGCUGUACCGAGACGAACGGUUAAAGCAGAAGGCAGAGUCGAUGAGGCUGGACCACUGUGAGAAACUGCAUCGACUGGUUGGGCGUCAGAGAGGCAAAUGAGGACUCGUUUGAGAGGAGAACACGUUUCUUUAGAGACUUUACAUUAAUGCGUUUUAUUGGAAGUCUGUAAUUUGUUCAAUCUGGCCACUUUGUAAAGAAAUCUCUUUGGGUACAGCGCAGUCAGUGGGAGAUUAUGCCGCUGGAAACAAUGUGCCUUGUCUCCUGUUUGAUGGUAGAAAAUAGAGUUGCAUGUCAGCUGCUGACUGCGGUGGCAGCAGCAUCAUGUGCAAACUCACCGUGGCAGUGUGUAUGAUGUGUCAGAGCCUUUAAACUUUCUUAUAGAAAUGGCAUGACAUAUGGGGGUCUCCCUUUGGGGUUCUGAAGGAAGUUGUAUGUUCACACAUACAUGUUUUACUUGUUUAGGUUUUGUAGUUUACCUGUAUUUAUUUUCUUGAACGUUUUUUUGGUUCCUUGCUUAAAUUGUAGGUGUAUUUAUUUUAAUAGUUAAUAGAGUGAAUGUUACUUGAGCAUCUUGGCUCAUCAUUUUUUGUUUUGUUUUUUUUGUUGGAAGUGAUGAAGUACAAUGACUUAAAUAUUACUGUAGACAAAUCUGAGAGCUUCUGUACUGUGAAAUGACAGAGGACCUUUUUAUUUAUUACAACAUAGACAAAUCAGACAUUAGAAAGGACUGUAACAUCUAUAUUGUGGUUUAUCAGGCAAUUUGACCUCCGGUACUAUAGAACUAGGGAGCACAAUAGACUUCACAAAACAUGACCACAUUUUUCUGAUUAAUGAGCUUAUAAGGUUGUACUUGCCAAAAAGUGAGCUUUCUUCUACAAUAGAGCUUCCUGCUCCCCUCUCUACUCCUGGCAUUAGUGUUUCAUUUCAUUGUCCAUUAAGCUUCAGCCACUCGGGAGAGAUUCGUUAGAGGUUUAAGUGUGAGAAAUGACUGUUGUGUGUUGGAGGCCACAUUUGGACGAAGUUCAGUUCAACCAAAAAAGCCCAUACACAGACCUGCACAGUUUUCCUGGUAUACCUGUUACAUAUUGGAAGCUCAGUGUUGAGCGUUACCUGUAAGGAUACCGGGACUUAAAUGGCAUGCAAUACUUUCUUCUCAUAAACCAUACCCAAGCUUCACUUUGUCUGAGGAAAAAUGCUUUUCAGCUCGAAUUUAUAAAUGUUUUAUAAAUCCUGCACCUUUCAUUUAUACAGUGUUUUAUAAAGAGCGUAAACAGAAUUAACCAUUUUAAUCAGUUCUAUUAACUAUCUGUGGAGAUGAACAACUUUCUCUCACAGCUAGGAAACCAGAAUUGUGACUUUAACUUGUCAGGUCUUGUCAUGAGUAGGUCGCUAACUUUGUGAAGUUGUUAACUUUAAUUCUUUAACCCAACCCUACGCAGACAUUAACACUUGUCGCUGUGCACUAAGACUGCCGAUCUGCCUUAGCUGUUCUCAUACUUGUUAAGGUGACAUGUUAAGGUUCAUCUCAAGCACUUUUUAAGUUAAUACUUAAACCUGUGUUCCAUAUCAUUACUGUUGCAUGCACCCUAGUGAGAGAGUGUUAUUAGUUGCAUUAUUUAUUUAUUUUUAUUAUUUUAUUUUUUUUCUUUUUGGCAAAAAAACAUCUUCAUGACUACUGACUCACUAAAUGUUAUUUAGAAUAUUCAGGGCCACUCUGUAACUCACAAACAUGUAAAAACUUUUACUGUGAUACACACAAAUCAGGUUUUGGUAUCAGUCAGUGUGGUAGUAACACUUCAGCCAAAAAUACCAGAAAAUUAAAGAUGUAUCCAGAAAAUA